AGCCACUCACUGCCGUCAUCGAACCGAUUCGUCAUGUCCAGUAGUCAUGUCACACGUAUGUUUGUUUAUAUUGCCCGAACCAGAAGUCAAAAGUAAUGUGAGAUGUUCCUUAGGUUAAGAAUGUAUUUCAAUACGUUAUAUCAACACAAACCCGUUCUUUAGAAUUCUCAAAUUCAUUUUUUCGCAGUAUAAAUUGUAAAUUAAUACCAAAUAUAUUGUCUCAUUGUUCCUUGCAGAAUGUGUAAUUUAAAAUUCAUUUCUUGGACGUAUUUAUUCUUUCUAUUGUAUGAUUUUUGUCUUGCUGUUUCAUUUACUGUGGAAGAAAUGAAAUGGGUCAAUUACGAAGUAGAUAUAUUACAAACGCCUGUAAAAAAAGGAGCUGAAGAAAGUCAGCCUGUUAUGCGUAUGACUUCUAAAUAUGGUCAGGAAUAUCAGUGUCUUUUGCCUGAACUAAAAGAAGAUGAUGCUUCUGAAAAAGAGACUGUUAAUGAAAAAAAUACAGAUAUAAAACAACUUUUAAAACCUAUGCAGGCUGGUUCUUGCUUGCUUAAAGGAAAAGACUGGUGGACGUAUGAAUUUUGUUUUGGCCAUUAUAUAAAGCAAUUUCACAUUGAAGAUGGACAAAUCAUUGGACAAAUUCUAACAUUAGGACUGUAUGAAUCAGACUAUGAUUGGAAUAAUGAAACUGAUUUGGAAAAAUUUAAACAAGUGAAGCAAAAAUAUCACUCGCAAUAUUAUACUAAUGGAACUAAGUGUGACUUGACAGGACAGCCCCGUAAUGCUGAAGUUCGGUUUUAUUGUGAAGAAGAUGCUGGAGAUUAUAUUUAUCGUGUUGAUGAACCUGGAACUUGUAGUUAUAUUAUCACUAUUCAUACAUCGCGAUUAUGUUCACAUCCAGAGUUAAAGCCUUUGCCUUCAAAUAAGGCUUAUAGCAUACCUUGCCAUCCAGUUUUAAAUGAAGAACAGUAUUCUCAAUAUUUAAGAAAGUUAAAAGAAGAAAAUGCUUUAGCAGAAGAAAAAAGAAGCCAGUGGUUAAGCAAUCAGCAAGAACGGUUGCAAAUUAUGAAGAAUGUAAACUUAUUUAAAGUUGAAAAUGAAAAAGUUACCAAACUAAAAGAUUUAUACACAGAUAUAAGUCAAGAUUUUAAAUCAAAAGAUUCUUCCGUUGAAAGCGAGAUUUCAAAAUCCUUAAAAAAAGCUGAUAAUUUAAAAACUGCUACUGAAAAAGAUAGAAGUAACACAGAAGCAGAAAAAGACGAAAAAUCUGCUUUAUUGAAGUUGUGGAAAGAAUAUGACAUGGAAAUUGAAAAAUUGAAGUCGUCAUUACCACCUGAGAAAUUUGCUUCUUUGAAGAAUGAUAUUGAAAAACAGUUUGAUUCAAUAAUGAAUGAGGCAGAAAAUAUGGAAUCAGAUCCCAAUGAGAAAGGAAAAAGUGCUGCAAUUUCUACACUCACAUCAACACUGAAGCACCUUUUGGAAAAACUUAAUAAAGCUACGACGGAUGUUCUUGAAGCUUCUAAGAAACUCAGCAAAGUUACGUCUAGUCUUGAAUCUGAUGAAGCUGGUGUUACCGAUAAGGAAACAGUUCAGGAGAAUACAGAGAAGGAAACUGUAGAAAUUGAAGAGGAUCCAAAACAUACCGAUGAUGAUCAGAGUCAAUCUGCUGUUCUUGAUGAUGACAAGCUUCAUGUACGUAUAAGAAGGCUUGAUCGUAAAUCUACUGAUUCAAAUGGCCAAUUAUAUGAAAUGGAUGUUGUUCAGAGAAAGAAGCUAGAGCAGGCUGUAAAGGAAAAAUUAGAAAAAGCUGGAUUGGAUACUGGAGGCCGAAGAAUUGAAGUAAAUAUCAUUACUGCUGGAUUUUAUGACAAUGAAGAUGGAAAAGACUUUCAUGCAUUGUCUGAUGAAGAAACAAGUCAAUUUCAAAAUAUGAUUAUGGCAUUAUUGACUGGACAACAAGAAGCAGUUCAAGAAAUGGAACGGCACAAGAAAUUGGAAGAAAAUUAUAAAUUCACAUGGGAAAAUGAUGAUGAUAGAGAGGACUGAUUUAAAGUGUCUACAGAUAGAAUUCGGUAGUCUGACUAGAACUUUUAAACACAAUUUCAUUUUUAGAAAUUUAUUAUACAAUUAAAACUAGCAUUUGGUAAUUUAUGCCAAUAAUUAUUAUUGCUGAUAUGUGUUGUUUUUUUUUUCAAAAACAAGGAUAAUUGUUAUGGCUUUGCUUCAGUUUUUUAGGGAAGGGGGGAAAUGAAAAAUUGUGCCACCAACCCUUGUUACACAAUUAACCAGUGGACACACUCAAAAUUCAUAUUUCUUUUAAUUGUAUGGAAGGAAGUUACUGUUACUAAGAAAUCUAAAAUUAAAAAUUGAAACUUUUUAAAGAUAAAUGUAUUAUUUUUUAUUUUAAGGGAUAUGUUUGUGCACUGGUCAGACUACUCUAUUCAAAGAUUUUAAACCGUCUAUAUUGAAGAAGUUAAUUUUAGAACCAUGAGAGAGCUCAAAACACAAAAUAAUCUCUGAAUGUUGAUACUUACAGAUAACCCAUACUGCCAAAAUUUGUCCUAUACUCAUUUUUUGUGUUUACAAUGUAACUGACCCAUGUCACAUUUUUGUAAACUGCAUAAAGUUGUUAUGCAGGAUUUUUUUUUGAAUUUAUGUCUCUACAAGUCUGCAGUUCAUUUUUUAUACAUGUUAAAAGUUAUAAAAACAAGUGUUGAAAUGAUA